AAAGAAAAGCAGCUGAAAAACAACAAUAAUAAAAUGAAAAUAAAAGGCUACUAGCUAGGCUGCCUCUACAGUUUUCCUUGUUAUUCUCAUCUUCCUCAUCCACCGAUACACACACACUUUGUAUCUAUAUAUUUUCUUACACCUCCCCUAGAUUUCAGACCCCUUGCUUCGCUCUAUCUCCCCUUAAUUUAUGCUCUAAUUUAAUUAUUAUAAUUUCGGAGAAUUUCAUCUAUAAUUAUAUAAUUUAAUUUAAUUAUAUAAUUAUGGGAAUUGGAGAUCUGGAUCUUAUUGAUGAUGGUGAUGGAGGUGGAAAAGCUUCGUCCGCGGUUUCUUGUUCGAUUUGCCUCGAAAUUGUCGCCGACAAUGGGGAUCGAUCCUGGGCCAAGCUUCAUUGCGGCCAUCACUUCCAUCUCGAUUGUAUUGGCUCUGCAUUCAACGUGAAGGGGGCUAUGCAAUGUCCCAACUGUCGAAAAAUUGAAAAGGGUCAAUGGCUUUACUCAAAUGGUUCUCGUCCUUAUGCUGAAUUUAACAUGGAAGACUGGGUUCAUGAUGAGGAUCUGUAUGAUAUCAGCUACUCUGAAAUGUCGUUUGGAGUUCACUGGUGUCCUUUUAGCGGGUUAACGCGGUUUCCGUCAUCCUUUGAAGAUAGUGAACUCUCGUCUGCUGCCUAUCAUGAUCUUCUCGGACAACAUGCUUUAUUUGCUGAACAUACAGCUGUAUCAUCUGCUUCUCAUCCCUGCCCAUAUGUUGCUUACUUUGGACCAUUUCCUCCCUCAUCUUCCAAUUCCAGCGGAAGUGUUUCUGAUGCUUCUAGUUUCAGCAGUCACUGGAACAGCCAAUCAGCUACAAGUGAAGUACCCACCUCUUAUGCUUUUCCAUCUAUGGAUGGCCAUUAUCAUAGUUGGGAGCAGCACUCAUCCCUCUUCCCAACAGUAAGCAGUCGUGUUACUGGUCCUCCGGAGCAGUCCUCGUUACCAUCAAUGACUCAAAGGGCAGCAAGGAACAGUUCUGAUAUUUCAAGAUCAGGAUCUUUUGUCCAUCCAUUUGCUGUUGGCCAUGGUUCUAAUGCUAGGGCCGGGAGCUCAGUUGCCCCCUCAAUGCUUCCUCCAUACCCUGGCAGUGCUGCUCGGGCCCGGGAACGUGCACAAGCUCUCCAGGCAUAUUUUCAGCAUCCUCCUGCCCAUUCACAAGGUGUACGCACUCCAGUCAUGCCUGCCACUCGAAGAUCCAGUGGUCGCAGGAACAUGGCACAAGGUGGUCCAGUUGCUUCAUCAUCUGAGCAGGCCAGCGGCUUCUACUUCUUUCCCUCAAGUUCAUCAGCAGGAAGAAGUUAUACAGAAGCAGAAAAUUCUAUGUCCAGUCGGUUCCAUGCAUGGGAAAGAGAACAGUAUCCCUCCUUCCUGUCGAGUCAAGCUGAGAGGGAUCCUAUUUGGGGGCCUAUCCAUCAGGUUCCAGGAGGUCCUGAUGCUAGCAUCAGGCCCACCAGUUUUCGGCAGAGGCAUGGAUCUGAGAGGCUGCCAUCUCAACACCGAUCAUAGACUUGUUCUAAUCUGUUUGGUUCAGUUGAUUAAAAGUAUCAUUGCUAUGACUUUAAACUCAACAAUCUGUGUCUUGAGCAAUGAUAUGUCUUGAAGUUUGUUGUCUGUUAUAUUCUGCAGACACUGUGACUUAGUGGCCCUAGAAACGAUCCAUCUUGGCUGCCACAUGUGGUCUGCGGAAUAUGGCUUUUGCUGGUUUCUGUUUGAGAUAAAGAGAAUAAGGUCAUUUGUUUGGUAAAACAAAUUUACAAAUUUUGACCUUAGAUCUUCAUAAGCACUUGGUGCUCCCAAGUCCCAAGUAUAUAUUACAUUUACCUAAAACUUUAGACUUUGCAGUUUGCACCUUGAUUGUCAGCUUAAUGAUGAAAUUGUUCUGAGACAUUUUUUUUUCUAA